CGCCUGGCUGCAGCAGGUGGGAGCGGGGCUGUUGAUAUCAAUAUGGCGGUUGUCAGCCAGACAAAGACAGUCAGUCUGAUGUGAUUGAGACAAGGGAGGUUUUCAGGGGGAGACUGGGAGAUAGGGGCCUCCCCUCCCCCUUCUCCUCUUCCUGUGCCGGCCUCAACCCCUCCCCAGUCCCCUCCCGACUGGCGCCCCACGCGGAAGACACCCCUCCCCCUCCCGCUUUCCCCUCCUCCCUGCCUCAGCCUUUCGUACUGGGACGUUGGGGAGGGGGCUGUGCCGGGCGGAGAGAACUCAGCAAGGAUUCUGAGAAUGAUAAAUAACGCUGAUCAUCUCUAGAAAGGAUAUUGAUUCACCUCAUGUAAAGUAUGCUCAGUUCCUUUCCAGUGGUUUUGCUGGAAACCAUGUCUCACUAUACAGAUGAACCCAGAUUUACCAUAGAGCAGAUAGAUCUCCUUCAGCGCCUUCGGCGUACUGGAAUGACUAAACAUGAAAUUCUUCAUGCCUUGGAAACGUUGGACCGUCUUGAUCAAGAGCAUAGUGACAAGUUUGGAAGAAGGUCCAGCUAUGGAGGAAGUUCUUAUGGGAAUAGUACCAACAAUGUUCCAGCAUCUUCCUCUACAGCUACAGCUUCCACACAGACCCAGCAUUCUGGAAUGUCCCCAUCACCCAGCAACAGUUAUGAUACCUCCCCACAGCCUUGCACUACCAAUCAAAAUGGGAGAGAGAAUAACGAGCGAUUAUCUACAUCCAAUGGAAAGAUGUCACCCACUCGCUACCAUGCAAACAGCAUGGGUCAGAGGUCAUACAGUUUUGAAGCCUCAGAAGAGGACCUAGAUGUAGAUGAUAAAGUGGAGGAGUUAAUGAGGAGGGACAGCAGUGUGAUAAAAGAGGAAAUCAAAGCCUUUCUUGCCAAUCGGAGGAUUUCCCAAGCAGUUGUUGCACAGGUAACAGGGAUCAGUCAGAGCCGGAUCUCUCAUUGGCUGUUGCAGCAGGGAUCAGACCUGAGCGAACAGAAGAAAAGAGCAUUUUACCGAUGGUAUCAACUUGAGAAGACAAACCCUGGGGCUACACUAAGUAUGAGACCAGCCCCCAUUCCAAUAGAGGACCCAGAAUGGAGACAAACACCUCCCCCAGUCUCUGCCACAUCUGGCACCUUCCGACUACGACGAGGGAGUCGAUUUACCUGGAGAAAGGAGUGCCUCGCUGUCAUGGAAAGUUACUUCAAUGAGAAUCAAUACCCAGAUGAAGCCAAGAGAGAAGAAAUUGCAAAUGCUUGCAAUGCAGUUAUACAGAAGCCAGGCAAAAAACUGUCAGAUCUGGAACGAGUUACCUCCCUGAAAGUAUAUAAUUGGUUUGCUAACAGACGGAAGGAGAUCAAGAGGAGAGCCAAUAUUGAAGCAGCAAUCCUGGAGAGUCAUGGGAUAGAUGUACAGAGUCCAGGAGGCCAUUCCAACAGUGAUGAUGUUGACGGAAAUGACUACUCAGAGCAGGAUACUUGGCAAGUACGCAAUGGGGAGGAGGAGGAGGGAAGAAGUUCAGAGGGAGGCAGAGAAGCAGAGAAGGAUGACAGCACUAGCCAUAGUGACCACCAAGACCCCAUCUCAUUAGCUGUGGAAAUGGCAGCAGUCAACCACACUAUCUUGGCCUUGGCCCGACAAGGAGCCAACGAAAUCAAGACAGAGGCCCUGGAUGACGACUGAUCAGGGAGGGUUGAACAUGAGAAGUUAACUUAGUUUAGACGUAGCACCUUAGCAGACUUUCCUCGGUCCUUAACAUGUGUUCUUACAGUAUAACUUGCAGUUUCUUGUAUGUCAGUUAGCCCUUAGGGUCUUGUUCUGUGAAGAUGGCAUGGUGCCCUCAGCCUUUGCAUAUACUCUCUCAGUAUUAAUUCCCAGUAAAUAAUAACCAACCAACCAACCAACCAAACUUCCCUCUCCCAGCCCCCGAGGCUAGAAAAUCUUGCUGCUCUGUCUUAGCAUUCCAAGAAAGUGCUUCCAGGUAUUUAGAUAGCCCUCAGUUCUCAAAUAAUAGGCUACGUGUAAAACCUUGGGUACCUUUAGAUUCCUGUAACACUAGUCUGUACCCUUUUCCUUCCCCAAGACUGAUAGGAUGCAAGCUGAGGUAGUGUGGCCCAGGAUUGACAGACACCAUUCGGGGAGUAUCUGCAGAGUAAAAGGAACACUAGAAUUCCCACUCAGCUUGGGAAUAAUUGAUUUCCAGCUGCAAUAAGCCGUGCCUCAUAAUAGUCACACUGUGGCUAGAUUAUACUUCUUUGGGUGCUGUGGAAAAAUGUGGAAUGUCCAUGGAAAAACUUGAUCUCAGAUUUUGGUUGAUGUUAACAUGCCUGACACAGACAUCCUUUCCUCUCACAAGCUGUGUGACUUAGUAGAUAAAAUACUGCCUUCUGCCUUUGGGACCAUGAUUGAAACACACAAAAAAACAAAAGUCAUUUAAAAAAAACAAAACAAAACAAACCCAGCUUGAGAGCAUUGGAAAACAAAACAAAACAAAACAAAAAACAUGAGCUGAAUGUCUAAUGGAUGUUAAGUCCAGUUCUCAGAACCACUGUACGUUACACGGCACAGGUAUGUGCCUGCCUGCAAAAGUGCUGGAGGUCAUCAUGGACGCUGCUUUGCCUCCUGUUUGUGUCCCCUUUCCCUGCUACCAAAAAAAAGUCUUUCAAGGAUGGAGCUAAGGUCACAAAUGAGUGAAUGAACUUCCAGUCUUUGUAUCCAUUAACUGAAGCCCCCUCAAUAUGAGAGGUUGAUAGAGGACUUUAUGGUGGGAUUAUGCUGACUGACUAUCACAAUUGCAAAUACUUUCCUAAAAAGGAGCAGAAAAAAGCAGGGGACAAUUGCCACUUGCGUGGUGUGUCUUCAAGAUACAACGUGAUGUGACUGCUUUGGUGUUCUCUUUACUCUGUCCUUGUAGAGGUGUGAAAAGCUAUAUUGCUACAGGCAAUUUAUUUAAUAAUUGGAAGCCAUAUUGAUAAUGGAUGUGGUAAUAUUUGUAAAGUUUAAUCUACUUUAAGCGGCAGUAACUAAUGGAAUUUUUUUCCUUGAUCACAUAUGUAGCACUUUUGUUACUUUUUAAAGAUAUUUAUAUUUGAUAAAUCUUUUUUUCAUUUUGAGAACUCAAAAUACCAAACAGUGAACUUGCGUUAUAAAGUCACCCUGUGAUCACCUUGUCAUCUAGUAGCAAAAUGAUGAACUAUUCAUGCAUCAAAGAAAAUUACAUCUGCUGGCCUUGUAUGAAAAUGAUCUCUUGGCAUCCCGAUUAAAUGACACACUGUCACUGUGGGGAAGAGGAAACAGCCUUCAAUGUAGCGGCGUAGGGUGCGUCUGAGGGAGGCAUGACUGCUGUGUAUUUUCUGCCUCGUUCCAUCUCCUUUCUACGCACAGUGGAGCCUUGUUUAAAGGGGGAUUUGGGGCUGGCUGUUAACUGUCUUUUCGUCCAUUAUCUAAGAACAAUUUCUAAGAUGGAAGGAAGGCGCCAUUUCCUUACCUCUUCACCUCCAUGCCCCCACCAGAUGUAUUCAGCCUAAAACCAUUGAGAAGAGAGUGAGACUGACCUUCUUUGUUUUUCCCUUUCUCAUUAGUAGAUAUUAAAUACCCACCAGUUUUUAGCUGGUCUGACUCCAUUUAAGGCAUAUGCUGACAAGGUCUUCUCCCUGUCUGUUCAUCCUGCCUAUGCCAGUGUGCGGAAGCCUUUAGAGGGCAUGAAAAUGCCACCUUAUAUGGGUCUGUGACUUUAAAGAGCUAAGGGCAGGGACUGGGCCUGCUCUUGUCUGUGGAUUUCAGGCAGAAAAUGUAUAUACUUCUUCCAGCUUCCAAGAAUUGGAGUAAAAUGGGGUAGUCUUUUCUGUUUGACUGUUUUACUUGAACCAACAGAUUCAAGAGUAGCAUUUGUUAUUCUCAGGAAUGAUCCCCCUGCUCAUUUUCUUUCUUGGUGUGUUUGAGUUUUUAUUUCAAUUAGGAGAUUAUGUUAUCUUUCUUUCCUUUUAUAUUACUUAGAAAAAAAAAUGUAACAUAUUGUAUCUUCCAUUCCGGUGAAAUUUUGUCUGCUUAUUCGCAGUUGAAUCAGAAAGAAAAGAGAGGAAAAUAUACUGUCUGACAAGCCACAUCCAUGAUUUAUUGUAAGGAGAUUAUUAUAAUUGAUAGCUUCUUUAUGAUGGGAUUGCUAGUAUCAUUUGUUCUUGCUGGUCUUUUUAAAGAAACAGACUCAAACUGUUAAGACAGCUGCAGUUUCUAAAGAAAUACGUGAUUGCCAGAGAAGAGCUAAAAGGUUUCAUUGUUUUAAGGCCUUAAGGAAGGAGAAAAGCUUCAGAGAAAAAAGGGGAGUCAGUAUCCAUGAAAGCAGUAGCGGGCCCUAUCUGGCAACCUGGAAAAAGUAAGAGCACAUGUCUACCAAUGCAGGAUAGCCUCAUAUUGGGUUCAGGAGGAAGGAAUCUUCCAUCCAGAAUUCUUCUUUUAAUUGAAGAAGACUGCUGGCCUGCUCUUAAGACCCGCUGCCUUACAUAUAACUUUUGCUUUUUCACCGAGAGCAAAAAUACAGUUCUUUGGGGCCUAGAUUUAAAUCUGCCAUUGUUUUUUUGUUUUUGUUUUUGUUUUGUUUUUGUCCCUGGGUUCAAUUCUGCUGUCUUGUCCAGUCUACCUUAGUUCUCAUAAUGGCACACAGAGUUGUCACUGUCUUAAUUUGUAGUAUCUUUGGAUGGUGAAUUUUUUUCUUAAAAAACCCUAAAUUCCUGUCUUACUGAAGGGAAAAGAGCCAGACUCAAAAAAAAAAAAAAAAAAAAAAAGAAAAAAAAAUCCCAUUAUGUACUUUUGGGUUGAUCUACCCCUCUUUUUUUACUCCAUCCUGUACAUCCCUCAGGCCCCAGAGGACUGUUUCAGGACUGCUCUUCCCUAGUGAAGAAGACUAAAUAAAAGGGUGGGGUGGAAACCUUGUCAGCAGUUCUUAUAGGAACUUGUCUGUUAUUUUUUGAAAGACACUUUCAUUGAAUUACUAUAGUCACAUGGGUAAACUUCCUACUCUUCUUACAACACAGCCUUACAAAGGGACCUUUUAAAGAUGGACCAUCUGAAUGAGAUUUCUGAUUUGCUGUUGAUAACCCUAAUGUGGGGUGAAGGCCAGGGAGGGCAAUACAGUAACACUCUUAGCUGAGACCUUCUGGUGUCAGUCAGUACCAAAUAGACACUUUGGUUUAUUUCAGCAAAGCUUGUAAUUGUUGAGUACCCCUUAGGGCAUUUCUUCACAGUCUCAGUCCUUUAAGUGGUUGAAAAGUGCGGUUACCUUCCACCUACCUAUGGGAUCUGUACAGUUCCCACACACUGUCUUUGGGUGGGCGGCCCCUCCCCCCACAUUCUCCUGUUCCUUCACAGGAAGAAAGUUCCUGGAACAGGAAGACCCCUUUAAGGUACCUUUCACUGAAGCUCAGUAGAGGUGACCACCUAAAAAGAUACGGGUGAGGAAGCAGCUGCUCAUCAACAGUGAAGUAUGCAAAUCCAGUACUGUGGUUCCUGGUAGAUUUUCGAUGGCACGCAGUCCAGUAACCGACAGUACCGCUGUUGGGGCCAGAUAUCCACAUAUAUUUUUACCUCAAAGGGGACAACUCAUGAAGAGCUCGCUCAUACACUCAUUUCAGUUCUUUACAAACUUCCCUCCUGGACUCUAGCCAUCAAGCACCAAGUGUAAAUAGACUUAUUUCAUCAGGAAUCUCCAGUCACAUUCUCUCCCUCUGUGAACAGCUCCCCUUCCAUUUGCCUCUGGGCUCCAAUACUAAGGGCCUCAUCUUGAGCAGACAUCUUUGCUGGGAUUUUUAUCUUCCACAGAAGGCAGAGCAUGUGGGUGUGGUCCAUCUCUUCACACAAACACUCCUUUCUGUCUUGCAGGCCAUCUUUGUGUCCAGCUGCAUAUUCCACUGACCAGCUACAUUAUCUCUGCCCAUAACAGUGGAAAUAAUCCCUUUUUCACACACAGUCCUACCCAUCCUAAAAAUGUGAACUUCAAGUCCUUACUCUCUUGGUCCUAAGAAGGGUUUGGGUAGAAGCAGUCUUCCCAUGUAACUUGUAGCUCUGCCUUUUAAAAUUGCUUUUUGUCUUUUUUUGUUCAGAGAACAACCGGAGUAGUUUUCCCCAGUAAGUCUCAACAGAUUCUUAGGCAAUAAUUUUUCUUGUUAUUGAUGAUCUUGUGCUCAGUAGCACUCUACACUGAAUAGUCCUGACCCUUCAUGUUGUGCGUUGGUUUUCUGUGUUAAUCUCUGUCCGUGAUUUAAAUCUUAGGUCAGAGUGGUGAUAGAUUUUGUCAUUUUGUUGUUGUGAUUAUUAGUAAUGUUUUACUACUGUAUUCACUGGGGCUGCAUUGAGACCAGCCAAAUCCAUUUAUAGCUUUACUGAGCCGGUUUUGUUUGUCAAGAUUUCCCAAGUGAAAGUUGGGCGCACUGACCAGCUGCUGGCUGACAGCGUCUUUCUGGAGCAUAGGGAUGGGGUGGGGGAUGCACUGGGGAAGGGGUGGGAAUUACACAUUUAAAACAUUCCUUUUUGUGUGCUCUCUAAAUAGCAAGGAUGUUUACUCAGGAUUCGGGUAUCAGUUGUCGGCCAUGUUGAAUUUGGCUAACUGAGCUGCCUGCCCGAAAACCUUCUUCCUGUUUCUUAAUUUCCAGACUAAUUUACAUUACUUCAGUAAUACCUAAGUUUUCCAGUUUGAAGGUAUUGUACCAUAAUGAGAACACAAGGUUUUCCCAGGGAGGCAACUAUGAAUGGCCACGUUAUCUUGUAAGGAUUUCCCUAGUGGUAGCGUAUUGUCACAGUAGAGGCCCUUUCUUUUUCAGUACCGCGCUCUCCUUCAUCACAUGCUCUUCUCUUCAAAAGAUGACUAUCACCUAAGAGGAAAGCUUUCUUUACCCCUCUAAGGAGAACUACCAUCCUGAGAUGGUGGGAAAGACUUUUUAGAUACAUCGACCCCACAGGUUACUUUUCCAGUCACAGAGACUCCUCUUAUAAACAGGUUAUGUUCAGAAAGGCUGUUCUUCAGUCUCUUUACUUAUAAGCUAAAAGUGAUAAGCGACUGCUUUUGUCAUCUUAAAGGACCAACGGUUGACUCACCUAUCUCUGAAGUGCAACUCUGUUCCUGUCUAUGGACAUUCGAAAGCUGGAAGUCUUGGUGGAGAUGAAAAGUAGCAGCAAAGAGAAAGCUAACGAUGUGAGAAAUCCAGUUUCCUAUAACAUUAGUUUUCUUUUGUAAUUAAAAGGGGAGUACGUAGGGUGGAGAAGGGAGGGGAAAUCUGCUUGCACCAAAAGAUCUUGCACCCCGUGCUUAUCGUCACCCAGGGACCUUGAGGGUGUAGUAGAUGCUGUGGGUAACCAGUGUGCAGAACCCUGUACUUCUGUUUUAUCACGCUUCAUAGGACGCUUGGGGCCAAGCAUUGCGCAGAACUAAAUCUAACUGAUUCAAGUCAAGUCUAACUUCUGGCCGUCAGCCACCCACGUUUCACGCCCGUUAUCUUGUUAGCCCGCGCAGCGCCCUGACAGGAAACAGGGAUGCAUCUGCAGGAGGCCCUGCCUUUCAGUCCUGACACCUUUUUUGCUUGACAAGUUUGGGAAUUGAUUUGCCCAUCUGGAUGGCAUGACUGUGCCUUCCAUGGGUGUCUGAGCCCCAAAGUGCAGUGGUGUGGGGCAGCUGUCGAGUGUGCCCUGUCACUAUGACUGCCAUACGCUGACCUGAGCAGGGCGUGUGUGCCCGGCUCAGACAUCUUGGGAUGCCGCUCCCUUAACUCCAUUUUCAUUUUCUCUUUUAAUAAAAGUGGCUCUAUACAGCCAUAAUUAACUCUCAAAUUCACAUUGGUGUGCUGUGAUCAAAUGAAGGUUUGCCUGAAUCCUUUCAAAUUGUAACCAUGGUAAUUGAGGGGGGUGGCACAGAAUGAAUAUAUAAAAAUAUAGCGACAAUUGUUCUGAGUGACUGAGUGUCCUCCUGACAUGUAAUUAGCUGUUUUAGCAAGAUGUAGAUUGGCAUGGUCAUAAUUAAAAGGAUUUCUGUCCUUUAUGUGAUUGGAAAUGGCAGAUCUCCCAUUCCCUGUUCCCUUUUAGCACUGAUGCUCCCAAGAACAUUUGGAACAGCAGCUCAGUAAACUAAAAUAAUGACAUGGUGCUCGUGUCCUCUCCCUUUAGUGAAAGAGAAGGAUUUGGAGUUAUUUCAACUUCAAAAUGGAAGCCUUCGCUGUUGCUCCCCACUUGACUUCUAUAUCAUUUAAACCUCUGUCUCACAUCCAGUUUUGACUAGCUCCACCUUUGGCAGAAACUUUAGUCAGAACCCCAAACUGAGUCAGUCCCUGACAAGCCCUUCAUGACUGCCCCACUUGCUGGCUAGCUAAGCACAUCGUGUGGCCUCACUUGAGGACAUUUACUGUCAGACAAACUUCCUGGGAUUUUGAUUUUCUCCUUGGUUACUUGAUACUUCCAUUGUCACCAUUAGAAAGUAUCAAAUGGGAAUGUACACGUGAGUUAAAUAGCGUUUUCCUCACUGAAUCAUAGGAUCUUUGACAAACAUGAUACAAACAGAUGUAAACACGUGAGCUUUUAACAACUAUGUGGCAUAAAUGGAGUCCUGAUACUUACAGUGUCCUGAAGUUAAUGUAUAUGCAUGAGUGUCACCCAGAUUUCCCCACAUCGCUCUUACAGGGCAAAACCAGGUUCCUUAUGUCAGCAGCCUUUUGUUAUCCCGAGUUUUCCCCAUUGCUCUGCUGAGUCAGUGGGAUUGUCUCCCCAGCCCACCCAGGUGCAUGUUUUCUCUCCCUUUCACUUUGCUUGCUUUCUCUUCAUCACCUUGUCCCCCUGAGCAUCGUGUGGUCUUGACACCUUACACCGCCUGCCCAGGAUGUCUGCUGUUCUCCCGCCGAGGCCUCCCACUGGAGGGGAGCUGCUGUGUCACCAGCUAGCUUUUCUCUAAAAUAUGCUUUGGUUUUUUCCAUCACUUGCAGAAGUCUUCAUUCAGUUCUAUGAUCAAGUGAGCCUCCGCACAAAUACCAGCACCCAGCAUAGUGCCAAGCAGCUUCUCACAAGCUGCUUCGUUUCUGUGGGGCUCCUAGCUGUGCCUGUGAGCCUGGGCCACGAGCGCCUUCUUCCUUCAAGCCUGGACACUCUGGGAUUGCUUAGUAACCACUGAGAAAAUGCCACUCUUGCUUUUGUUCAUAUUUUGCUGCUUACCCUCAUACAAACCUUUUCCCCCGUCUCCACAUAUCAGAAGGGAUCCUAACCAAGUGCUAGUUACACUUCAUUUUGAUGAAAAUGCUGAGGCAGGCUGCUUCUCUAUAACUGUUCUCUCCCCGUCCACAAACAGAAUUUGGGAAAAGGUUCUGCCUUGAGGUCUUUUAUUCUUGUUCUCAAAAAUACCUCCAAAAUGUGUAGUCAUUGGGCCAGAUCAGGAAAAAUGCCAUUAAAAGUUCUUACACGGUGCUUCUCUUCCUAUAGGAUCUAAAAGUGACUUUCAGCCCCACCCCCACGCGCCUACUUUCAAGAUACAUGUGCUAGUGUGGAGACUUCCCUGUGGGGUCCUAUCAGUCUUCUGACAGUUGGAAUGAUUGUGGAUUUAUGGCCCCAAAGAGCAGAGUACCCCAUCCCUUAUUUUCCCAGCUGCUGAAAGAUCACCAUCUCCAUUACAGUUGAGAAGCUGUUUUAAGAUUAGAAAUUCUGAGAACUCACUGGAGUAUGAUACCGAUUGCUGAGACAGGCAUUCAAACAGCCAGCACAACGUUCUGAUUAUCUGCUUAUAUUCAAACAAAAUAGAAUUAUCGCUGCAGUUAAAACCUAACACAAUCUGCUAUUUUAGGGAUCAAAGUAUUAGAUGUGCCGCUUAAGGAAUGGUGCUACUAAAAAAGAACUGGAGUUGGCAAGACAUUUCCCUCCCCAGUUGUUUCCACAGGCCAUUUUGGUGAUUCCAAAAACCCUACACCUUAUAAUGCCAUUACCACCAGCAGCCCCCACUAAAAAGGAAAAAGCAAAAAAGAAAGCCAACUCACCCAAAUCCCUGAAAGCAUGGGUAGUACUUGCCCACGAAAUAGUAUUUUUUUUUUGGAAGAAAACACCAGAAGUUACUCUUACAAGAGACCAGAGUAAAGAAAGAUGUCAUUCUAAAUCAUAAUGCAACAAGAGACAAACAUUCAGACCUCCUGAGCAUUCAGAGCUCAUGAUAAUAGCAGCUGACAUUUAUUGAGCAUGUACUAUGCGCCAGGCACUGUGCUGAGUGUUCUUACUGUCUUGUUUAUUCUUGAAGAUUCGCAGACCUUACACUGAGCAGCAUCACCUUAAUGGAGUCGAGGAAAAUCUCCAGUUGCUUCUUUCACGUUAGUAGAUGUUAUUUGGAGAACAGGUUGCAGGGUCUGCCUGGCAUUGCUCUGAGUGAAAUCAAUGCACUUAACCUAUUUUGUUCUCUCACAAGACAAUGCUGGAUAAUCCCCACUAGCGCACUGUCACAUUGCUAUCCUCUGUCUGUGCACUUCAUUCCCCCUGACACUGAACUAGUAUUACUUUGAUGAUCUAGACAUUAGAGCAUCCCUUCCCCUUGGCCUUUCUCCGUGGUUAGUGAUAGUGACAGAAACGCAGUGAACUGAGUGAGGCUCAGCAACAGUGAUGUGAAACCUGUUUCAAACAUCCUGUCUCUAGAAGGCAAAUGUGAGGUCCUGCCUUUUGGGGGCGGGAGGAGAAACAGAAUGGCUGUCUCAUCAUCUGCGUUUUGAGGAGAAGUAGAAUUUACUAGCACUCCUUGGGUGUAGUUGCAGUUAGUUGAGGCUGAGAGUGCACUUCCCGUUUUCCCUCUGUUUAGCUCUUCGAGCAUUUUCUUAGUGCCUGUUACUGUUAGGCAUCCUGCUUCUGCACAGAAGUGUUUAGCUAAGCCGUUCCAGCUCGUUCUGUCCCAUCAUAGACAUGAGAGACAGUGGGGCUGAGCCAGUACUUUUGGAGAUUCGGGGAUUCUGGUAUUAGUGUCUGCCCCACAUGGAGACAGGUCCAGAUUUGGGAUCGGCAUAGAACUGUCUAAUGAACCACAGUCCAGCAAAGGGGCCAGCUGCCUAGGGAUUCAGGUGGCAGCUCAGUGACCAUUGUCAGGGGCCCGGGCUCCAAGCUGACCGGAGGACUGAACUAAAAUUCCAUGUUUCUCUCCCCCUCGCUUCUCCAGCUCUUUUCCUCUUGAAAGUAAGUUGUUCCCAGGGGCUGUCACUCUCUUCUCAUCCACUCCAUCACGUCCUAGGCAUCCUUGGAGCCCAAGAGAGUGGAAACCACCCCAGGAGGAAGGCCCCAGUUGGAGUGGCCCUGUGAGCAGAUCUACCAGGUUGACUAUUUGAGUUUGGUGGCUCUGUAAUAGGUACCUUGUUUCAUUAGCUGGCUAAUGGGAUUUUUCAUUAUCCCCCCCGCCCCACACCAAAAAAAAAAACCCACCCUAAUGUGAAGGGAACAAGGUAUGUGUGCCUUCUGUUUAGCUGUUGGUCCAGAUUUGGCAUCUCUGGUGGCAGUUGGGUGCCACUGAAAUUUUGGAAUGGAGACAUUAACUCCAAGCUUGGAAAGAGCACGUGACUCUUACCAACCAGUAUGGGUGGCAGAGAUGAGUCACAAGAUUUGUGUUGCCUUUAUAACUUUUCCAGCUUCCCAUCACUUCCAGGUCAAGUUGAAGUCUCCGUCUUGUUUUCUGGCUUCCUUUAAGCCCAGAAACCGCUCCCCUUUUGUUGCUUUACUGGAACUAAGAGCCCAGCGUAAACUUAUGAGGGUCAUUUUUCCACUUCAUCAUUCACUGAAGCUAUUAAACUGGAAACAAAACGACAUUAGUGCUAUAUUAAUGUAAACAGCAGCCACUCUAGUGAUAUUACAUUGAACUCUUUUGUUUUUAUGCCAGAUUCAUGGGCGGGGGCAGGCAGCGCAUACAUUAGUAGAGUGGAUGGAACAGAGGUGAGGGCUCAGCUGUGGGCUCCUUUCAAGAGCAUUAUUGUUAGUGAUUUGCCUUGAAAACCACAUUUCAAUAUGUUAAAGUCAGUGAGCCCCUUAAUCCUGCAUCUCUGAAAAUGGGCACCACAAAACCAAAGUUCUUUGGGGGCAGGGGGAGUUCUCCCUUCAAGCGUCGGCAUCUCUGGCAAGGCUUUUCUUCGUUGCUCACGGUUUUGCCGGAACACUUCUCUCGAAAGGGCCUCUUCUAGUUUUUCUCACACGGGAAAUAGCAAGCAAGCCUGUGCAGUCCUGUAGCCCUGAGUCUGGAGCAGACCGUCUACACACCCGCUCUGCCCCGAUCCGUUUGCUCUGGUCUGCAGAAACAGGGAAGAGCAGAGCUGCUACUGGGCCCAGCCCGGGUGUUUUCAUCUUCACCCAGGCUGCAAGGUGGGACAUUGCCCCUGCCAGAUGAGACCAAGAACAUCAUAGUUGCCUCCCCUGGAAGAGCCCACAGCCUUCUCUGAUUCCCCAUGGGCUCCCCUCCCUCCCUUCCACGGCCAUAGUCACCAGUAGGUAUGCAGUACCUUCCAAGGAUACAUUUCUAGUUCUGUUUUUUAAGUGCCUAAGCAAGUUACAGACCUCUGGAACCUGCCGGAGAGUCGGCCUGUGCCCUGCCCCCUCCUCUUCCCCUCCCUACACUUAGCCCUCAGGGGCAGGUGCAGAUAGCUGCCCCUCUGCAGGGCCCCCAGCAUUCUGCUGGCAGAACAACUACAAGGGCAAGCUCGUGGGCAGGGCGGCAUUGGCACUGCCCCGUCAGGCUGGCUCCGUCACUCUGUCCUGCGCUGCUUUUUAAGGGUGUCUCUGUCAAUGGGGUUACGGUCUCGGUUCGUAGAGAAUGUUAAGGAGCCUGCUUAGCAAAAUCUACAGCUGUCGAGUGGGGAGAUCGGGGAGAGCAAGACUGCCUCAGCGCAGAAUUCGGUCUGUCUUUGUCCGCAGCUGGAAAGUGCAUCCAGACCCAAGAGGGCAAAGAGUCAGAUAAUCAUGGUUUAAAACACAAUGAUUCAUUUGCCAUCAUUAAUCACUGGAACCCUGGCUGCCUCUUCUUGUCCUCUCCCUAGAUUUGAGGGAUCAGGGUGUCUGCUCACAAGGGCUCAGAAAGGCCAUCGUCGCUGGGGGUGAAGCAAGAUCACAAGUGUGUCUUUGAAAAUGAGUGUGAGAUUAUCUGUUUGCUUCUUUUUUAAAGUAAUUUAAGUCUGACCUAAAUUUGGGGCCUUUAUUAUGUGGUGGGUGUACGACGGAUUAUUUUGUGACUGCACUCUGUUCACAUCACGGCACUAAGCAGCGCUCAGAUGAUUUGUUGGUGCAUUAGAACGUUUUGCAAAACGGACAAAUCCAUACCAGGCACUUUAUUUUCAUUAAUAAUCCAGCGUUUUUGUUCAGACAAUGUCAUAACCCAAAUGGUGGGCAUUCACAUUUAACAGGUAUGGGCAAAUUUGCCAGAGGAAUUCUUUGGAUUGGGAGAGAGAAGGGAGGCGGGUUGAUGAAAGUGGUCAGACGGGAGAAUAUUGAAUCCGUGGUGGUAAUGGAAGGGAGGCUUCUCUGGAGCGCGUCACCCCAACCCGGAUCUGGGCAGUGCGCUGUUGCUCUGUUCUCCAGUUGCUCGUGUUUACGGGUUCUACGAGUGCUUGUCCGUUGUCCCACUGAGCGUGCGCGGGAGCACUGCAGAGCAGGGGACAGCAGUGCAGCGAGCGGCACCACAGCCCCCCUUUCUUCUCAGUUACCUGGACCCGAACACCCCGGCGCACAGAGUGCAGGGGGACUGUUUUCUGUUGCGGAACCGUGUGCAGCUGUGUCUCCCUGUUCGCUGGGGGGGUGGGAACUAGCUGGCGCAGGUUGGAAAGUGGAAAGUGAGGUUGACAGUCAUAAUCCAAUCAGAUACCAUGGACCAGAUGCCUUGGGACUGCCUGAAAGUCUUUAGCGUCCACCAAAUACUCGAGUAUCUGCGACGGGCUGUGUGGGGUCCCUGCCAGAUGGCUUUGGGGCAGAGUGCCCUUCCCUGCCUUGGCCGUCGUGUGUCUUAGUCUUUGUGUUUCCCUUUGGCGUCUCCUGGUCUCUGUCCCCCAUCCUGUGCACCAUGUGUCCCUGAGGGGAGUCGCACCUGUGUCUGAGUCUGCUGUAAGGUGUUCAGUCUACCUCAAGGGGUCAUCAUGGUCAACUCUGUCCCAUAGCAAUCCUUCUGACAUCGCCACACACACUGGAAUGUAUAUCUGCCCCUGGCCCUGGCCCUGCCUUCCCUGUCAGUAACCUCCUGACCCCAUCUUUCCUAUAAUCACCACAAACUCCUAGUGCAAAUUGGAUGCUGCUUUAAAUGUGAAAACAAUUGUUCAAAAGCUAUAAAACCUGAAUGAAAGCUAAAGCUGAAUUUAUAAGCCUUGUUGCAUAUGAGCCAAAAGUGCAAAAAGCUCUAUAUAAUGAACUAACCUGCCACUCGUAUAAAUAUAAAUAUAUAUAAAUAUAUUAAAAUCAGACUGUUCUACAAAAUUGUGUAUUUGUAUUUUUGUGUACGUACAAUUUUCUGCUAAGCAGAAGGAGGAUGUAGUAUAGGAUGCUGUGAGAAGAGAUUUGGUUUAAUCCUAUUUCUUUGUUACUUAUUUUUGUUAACAUCAGAUGCCUGUCUUUGUCUUCUCUGUGUAUGACACUGUUUGGAAAGCUGCAGUAUCUCUCUUCCUUAGGUCCAGAGUCCAUUAGAGAAUGAAAUCUGGGGUUUAGAGAGUUGUCCAGGUCACCAAACACGGACAAGCAGAGACACAGCUCGGCCGUCUACUGCCCAGGAGCUGUUUGUGGUUCUGAGGCAGCAGCGAGGCAGGGCACAGCCUCUGGGAAGCAGCAUCCCACUUCUAGAAGGCAAGUUCCAAAACACAAGAUUGUAACAGGUCUCUCUCAACAGAAGACUCUCCACCGGGCCCAUCAGGAGGGGAUGGAUGCAGGGCCUCUCUGAAUGGAGGAACGGGACCUCUUAUUUCUGGGCCAGAAGUUUGCCCAGAAGGUAGCAGGGGGCUCUGCCUGGCUGUAGUGCCCAGCUCACUAGCCGUCCCUGGGCUCUGUGUCCCUCUUCUGAGUAGUCGCUGCCUUUUCUCAGAUCAGGUUACCAAAAUGCCUCCCUUCUGCUGAGCUGCUGGCGCUUCAUCACCCAGACCUCCAGCCCCAGUUCCCUGGAGCAUCUCAGAACCCACUUUCCCGGUGCUAACACACAAGAGGGGGGUAAAGUGGCUGCCAGUAAUGGCCAGAAACCAACUAUCUGGGAGGCCAGGCUGGAAGACAAGCUCCGCGCACCCAGGGCAGUCGGCCCAUCCACUGGGAAGGCUUCCGGCAGCCCUGGGCCCGGGCCCCGCCCCCCACCCGCCUCUCAGCCCCACGCAGUCCCUCGUGGCCUGAACCUUCUCUAGGGAGAGCGAUACUGCACCUUCACCUGUGGGACUCAUAUUUAUAACAAUGUGUAAUGACUGUAGCAAAAAGCCCUUGUUUCUAGAUGUAAAUGGUCAAAGAAACAAGUGCUCUAUUGUAUUGAUUAAAAUAGUUCAAAUGAGUCCUGUAUCAUUGUAUCUCCUAUUCUGGAUUAGUGCCUUUUGGACAGUAGACUGUUCUGUAAUUAAAAUGUAGUAUACUGCUUUUUUGUACAGUUUUGUUUUAAUAAAACUUUUUUUUAAUUUGUGUUUAUUUUAGUAUUGUACCUAUUAGAGAAUAAAAUGUAUAACUGAACAAA